UUGACGUUUGCUUUGCUUCAAGUUCUAAUUAUUCUUUCUUAUUUUUAAGGUAUUUUUGAGUGAUUUAUCACGGUUCUUUGUGUAAUUAAGUGCUUUUAUACCCAUUUAAACAAAGCCUGAAAUCAUGGAUCUUUUAUACAACGAUUUAGAAAAUUACGAUGACGUUGAAACACUGAACAGGCUGAAAAAUGAAAAUGUCGACCUGACGCGCCAACUGGAAUAUUGCAAUGCAAACAUGCAAAAGCUGCAGAAGAGCAUUUUGCAGGAUUUUGAUAAGCUGGAGGCAGAGUUUAAGAAACUUGAAACAAACUAUUCUUCUCUUCUGAAAAUAUCAAGAGCUGAGAUACAGAGGAAGACUGAAAUGAUCACAAAUCUUAAUAUUGAAAAAGACUUGUUAGUGAUAAAAGCAGUUCAAAAUGGCCCUGCACAUAAAGUUCAAGAACUGAUAAGGAAUGUGCGCGACGAAACUGGCUUUAAACGCAAAAAGAAACCACGGAACAAAGGUCCAAAAGGGAGGGAACAACUAUUAAGGAGGAACACUAGCCAUCCCCAAUCGCCUGCACCGAGCUCCACUGCAACAGACAAUUCCUACAAGGUACUAGGUAGUGAAACAGUUGCUGAUAACAGCAAAUCUAGCAGAUUAGAUACAAAAGAAAAUGAGCUUCAGAAACAUGAGGUGUUCCCGGACAAUCAACCUCCAUCUCCCGUUGCCAACAAACGGGUCUCUGUAUUGUCUCGGCCCCAUCUUUCAAAGUUAAGCUCUGAUGAAGAAUUUGAAGACAUGUAUUCCGCAUUAAAACCUAAAGCAUCUAGAGAACCUGAGAGAACCCGCAAAAGGGGGCGAGACGAUUCUCAGGAUGAGAAAAUGUUGUAUAACAGUCCACUUGAUAGGCCCGUAAAUUAUCCUGAUCCCUUUAGAGAACGAUUUACUAGAAAUAGAGCUGGCAGAUUUUCUGAUACUGAAAGAAUUUCUACCAGAGAAAAACAUCAUAAUGACCCAGACAGAAAUAUCAUUAAGGGUAAACAUAAUUAUGAUAGAAACAAAAAUGUAAGUGAUUCGCUACACCACAGAUUCAGCCCUGAAAGACAUCACCGGGGCCCGAAAGAAUUAGGGGAGGAUCGUAUACGGAAUAGGCGAUUGGAAAGCCCACAGAGGGAGAGGCGACGCUUGGAAAGCCCCCUAGAGAGAGGCAUCGCUUGGGAAGUCCUCCGCAAGAAAGACAACCGAUACGAAACCGGAUUCGCGAGCGUCGCAAGUCUUAUCACGGGCGGUCAGGCAACUAUCCAGAACUACACUCUGUCAUACAUAAAAUUCAUGGGGAAUAUGGAGAACCACAAAGUAAGAGACCAAGAAUUGAAAUUCCUGUUCACCACGAAGAAAGAAGGCCUAGCGAAAGCCAGUAUCAUAACGAAUCGCCCCCUAAUGUGGGAAACAUUGGUCGCACUUGCCGCUCGCCAGAUUUUUCACACACGGAAGAAUCUUCUAACGAACCCGUAGUAGCCCAGACUGAAACCAGAUCCCGCCCGCCCGUGCGUACACCUACGCCCGUCCUUGAUGAUCCUAGAUUAAGCAGUGACAGAUAUAUCCAGUGCAGUGAAGGAAACAAGCAUAUCCUACAGUCGGCCCAUGCUAAUGACAUAUCUUUACAGC